UUAUUAAUGUUACUAUCAAGCUUAUUAAGUAAAAGAUUAAUUCUCAAUCGUGCCCAAGCCAGAUACUUUACCACAGAGAAGAAGCAGUUUUUGGCUGUUCUUAAAGAUUAUAAAGACCCUCAAUGCCUUGAACGUCGAAUGGGGAUACGUGAUAAGCACUUUUCAGAGAUUCGUAUUGCAAAGAAGAAUGGAGGUAUAAUAACGUGUGGUGCACUUUUAGAUAACCAUGAAUCUAGUAAAAUGGAAGGAAGCUUUGUAUUGUAUAAUGCUGACUCUAUUGAUGAAGUAGAGCAAUUGAUUAAAAAUGAUCACUAUUAUAAGACCAAAGUUUGGGAAAAGUGGGAGAUUUAUCCGGUGAAAUGUGCUUCUAUCUAGUUCAUACAGCAUUAAAGUCUUUAACUAUUUUAUAUCAAAUAAAUAAUAGACUCAAAAACUUUCAAUUUUUUUUUUUGGGGAAUUAACUAUAAAA